GUCUUUUGAAUUAAGAGUACUCUGUCUCUGGAAUUUCUGGGUUCUUCUCGUAUUCUCUCAAAGGUACUCUCUUUUCUUAGCUCUUGUUCUAACUCUUCAUUUCUCUUAGAGAACGAUAGAGAUAAAAAGAGGAAUCAGGGAAAUGGGUGAUCCAUUUGGUGGUAGAUUUGGAAAUAUUGGAGGAUUUAGAGGUAGCUUGUUUGGAGGAAGAGAUCCUUUUGAUGAUCCAUUCUUCUCUCGACCAUUUGAGGAUUUGCUCGAACCACCCAACACCUUUGGUUCAGGUGCUUCCUUUAGUAAUGCACAGAAGAACAAUGGUGGAAGAGGUUUAACAAUUGAAGAAUUACCAUCUGAUGAAGAAGUAGAAGAAAAGAAAUAUAUUGGUAGUGAUGAUCAAGAACAUGCUAGUUCAGUGAAUCAACCAUCUGUUGAGCACCCUGAAGAUGAUUCUGAUGCUGAGAGGAAGAUUCAGAAUGUGAAUCAAAGGAGUGAUUUCAAUCAAAGAGAGGGUACGCAGUCUCGAGCUAACACAUUCAGACAUCACAUCUCUAAGGUUACAUAUGGUGGCAUUGAUGGUGCUUACUAUACAUCUACUAGAACCAGAAGAAAAGGCAGUGAUGGAAUGGUGGUAGAGGAAAGCAAAGAAGCCGAUAAGACUACCGGUGAAGCCACUCAUAGGAUCUCCAGAGGAAUCAAUGAUAAGGGUCAUUCAGUUACUAGGAAGCUUAACUCAAGUGGUGGUAUAGAGUCGACACAGACUCUUCACAACCUCGAUAAAGACGAAUUAAGUAGCUUUGAGGAAGCAUGGAAAGACAAUUCAUCUCUUGCCAAACAUGAAUUCACUGGCUCUGAUCAUAGUUUUGGAGGGUGGCUUCUUCCAGCUCUUGACCAAAGUCGUCGCCAAACAGAGCAAAGUCAGACUGGUUCGAGCCGAUCUGCAACUGGAGCUAAGCAGGUUGUUCGAAUCAACAUUGAAUGAAUCAUCACAAAACCAUGUAUCAAUCUAUGUGUGUAAAUCAAAUAAUGUUGCAGAUGCAUCAUUGAAGUUGCAAUGUCAAUAAUUUUACAUUCGUGUAUCAACCUAUUUUUAUAAACUUGUUUUGGCUAA